AUACCAUUGAAAGCGUCCACACGAGAUAAACAAAGAUGAGGGGUUUCUCUAAAUUACUAGAAGGAAUUGUUAAAUAUAACUUAUUUGAUAAGAAACAUACUUUAUUUCAAUUAAAAUUAUAUGGAGAAAAUCCAGAUCCUUUGUCCUUGAUGUUCAGCUGUAUGGACAGCCGGGUGGUGUCUACCAAGUUUACAAAUAGUGAUUUAGGUGACAACUACAUUGUGAAGAAUGCAGGCAAUUUUGUGCCCUAUCCAGAUGAUCUCGAACAAAUUGCCAACACGACUACUGCUGCUGGUGCCCUGGAGUUGACCUGCGUAAGACAGAAAAUCCGACACGUGGUGGUGGCAGGACAUUCAGAUUGUAAAGCAAUGCGGCUACUCUAUGAUCUCAGAAAGCAGAUGGAUGCAAAAACAGGCUCCCCAUUAGAACUCUGGAUCAAAAAGAACGGCUGGAGGACCAUAGAGAAGUUUCAAUACUUGAAAGAAGAAAAUAGCUUCACUGGCCCUGUUCCUUUUAUGCAAGAGAGUGAGAACACUAAGUUUAAAAUUACCAUAGAUCCUGGGCAGCAGUUCAACAUAGUGGACAAACUUUCACAGGUAAACUGUAUACAGCAGUUAGAAAACAUUGCUGCCUAUCCAUUUCUCAAAGAGAGGCUGAGCCAAAAUGACUUGCUGCUACAUGCGUUCUGGUAUGACAUUCACUCCGGCAACGUGUUUCUGCUCAGUAGAGAGCGACAGCGUUUCGUUGAAGUGAACGAGCGAAGCUACUUCGGUCUCAUGCAAGAAGUCAAAAACCGAGCUAGUGCGAAAAUACUGUCAGAAUCUUAAAAGGACAUGUUCACAGAUUUUCAUGUUUUUAGAUAAGUGCCAAUACAUGUAUUUACUUACAAAUUUUUUAUCUAUUUAAUAAUAGAAAAUAAUUAUAAAAUCAACAACAAAUGUUAAAUAUGAAAUAUUACUUGCUCUAGGCCUCAAUAGGAAGAUGUUAAGAAGCAAAAUCUGAUGCUCUUCCAUUCGACCAUGCAGAGUUUUAAAAUCUGUCAAGUAUUUUAAAUGCUAUGUAAGUCAUCCAUCUAUUUCUCAAAAUAUUUAUGAUUAUUUUACAAUUUUUUAUUGAUUUUUCAUUAAUGAACCAAUUAUUUUACCUAGUCAGGAGUGUAAUUUCGAUUGUUAUAAAAUUAAGUAUACAUUCAUGUUUGAAUCAAAUACAAUUUGUUUUUAAUUGUCUCAUUUCCAUACUGCUACAAGACCAUUUAAGACACAUUUGUUUGUAUAAGAAACGCCCGGUGAUAAAUCAUAUCAAAGUCACAUGUUAAGUACUUAAACUACCGGUAAGUUUUAUUGAUGCAUUAAAAAUUUAUUACUAAAUCAUAGGAGAAAUUAAAUGAUAAUUUGGCUGAGAAACAGCCAGCCUGACAAAGAUCAUCAAGGUUAUAACCAAUCAAUUACCGGUAACAGUGUGGUUGUGACAAAAAGUGAAUAUUCUAUUGGCAAUAGUGCCAUUUAAGAUACAUACAUGGAUGUGUUAUCAGUAUGUGUCUGAAUUAGCAUGUUUUAGCAUUGUUCAUGUGUUGCCAGACAGAGUUAUUAUAUUUGUUUAUCUGGCCAGACCUCGAUUUAUAUAUGUAUUAAUAAUUGGUUACCGGUAUGUUUCUUCUGUUUUGAUUUGAUCUUGUAAAUGACUGGUCUCUUUUUAGAUGAUUUUUAUACGAUAAUUAGUCAUAUUUUCAAUCGCAAAAAGUAUCUUUGUUUCCCAAAUGCAGUCAAAAAAAUCCAAAUUGAUGGUUUGACUUUCUAGAGUUGUAACCUAUAGAAAUAUAGAGUUUAAACUUUGAAGAUUCAAUAUCCAUAUACUGAGUAAGUAAUAUCUUUAUGUUCACUAUUUUCUUUUUUAUGUAAGAUGUAUGUAUUCAUUUUUCUCAAAUUUACAAUGCAAUUGAUAAUACUUUUUUAUAUUUAAAUAGUAAGAAGCAAAAAUUUUCAAAUUCACAGGUAAAGGUCAUGUUCCCAAAAUGGUGAGAAAGUCUGGGGCUGUAGCCUGAUACUCAUAAAGC